GUGUGUGUGUGUGUGUGUAAAAGGCAGACUAAAGCACACAGGGAUAGUAAGACAACAACAAAAAAAAUCAGGGAGGUGCUUUAAUGAGCUAUAGUGAACUAUAGAGGAUGCAUUGAUUUUGCUGGAUCAGACACACACGCUCAGAAAAAUGGAGGCAGAAGUGGAUGAUGACGAUGAAAUGUUCACCAACAUCUCUCUGGCUGAUGACUCAGCAGACUGUGACUCAACAGCUCUGCACCCUAAUCCAGAGGAUCUGCUCUCCACCAUGAACUGUAACAUGGAUGGAGACAUGGAGAAUCAGGUUGAAGUGGAGGAGAAGACUCGCCUCAUUAACCAAGUGCUGGAGCUCCAACACACACUAGAAGAUCUCUCUGCUCGGGUGGAUGCCGUGAAGGAGGAGAACCUGAAGCUGAAGUCGGAGAACCAGGUUCUGGGCCAGUAUAUCGAGAACCUGAUGUCAGCCUCGAGUGUGUUUCAGACCACUGACACCAAGAGCAAACGGAAAUAAACACACUGCGGCGGCGGCGGCGUCUUCUUUCCCAGACGGAUAGCUCAUCCUUUAACCCAGAGGCCAGUAUGCACCAACGUUCAGGCUUCCACAUGCGCACCCAUGCUGAGCUCUGAGUUUUCUCUGUUCUAGAAAAACUUCUUUCAUCCUUUGCCUCUGCAUUCACUGCCUUAUCGUCCUGACAGGUUGCAGAUAACGCUCAUGCAGAGAGAUGUGCUCUCUCUCUUACAUAGGUCAUUUUCAGUCUGUGGUCAGAUACUGACAGCAUUAAUGCACAGCAGCUUCUCUGUAGGCCUUUUCUUAGCUUAUUUGAUAAAACAGUGCAAGCUUUUUUGAAUACAGGGCAACCACAGUUUUGUUUGAAUGACCUAGUUGUUUUGUUUUGUUAAUGUCACUAUAUAAUGAUGAUAUGUUAAAGAUGAAAGCACAGAAGAGUACUCUGCAGCACAGGACGAAUGAACCUGAACGUGCAUGAGGUGCCAUUAUUUAUUCUUCCAAAGAGACAUGCAUGAUUUAAGAAGCUGAUCUUGAUGAUUAUUGGCGAAUGAAUGGCAACGAUGAAGAACUAUCAUGGACAAUAAAUUUAUACUGUAUUAUUCAGUUUAUUUUUGCAAUAAGGUAAACGGUCAGUAGAGGUGAUGGGACUGGUUAAAUAUUCAGGGUCUGUACACGACAUCCUACUUGGGCCCCGUGAAACAAAGAUGAUGUCUUUAUUCUCACAUAUGCAUAUACAGUAGUUUUACAUUAUUUCUUUGCCUACCCUAGCUUGGGUCAGUUAUGGUACAGUGCUUCUUCAGUAGAGAGGGUUGCUUGGUGAUUCUGGGCUUGACCCCACAAUCUUCUGAUUAGUAACCCCCAAGCUCUACCUUCCAGCAACCUGAUCCACUGGCAUGCAUGCUUGUUAGAUUUAGAACAAGCCUGUGCAUCAGGAUAUCCACUACUUUGUAUUGCCAAGCCAAAUAUAAUUUCAACACCACAAGGUGGCCUUCUGUGAAAUCCGGAUCCAUGGGAACAACCCUGAACUCGCCAUGAUCUCCAAAAGAUUAUUACAUAAUAUUACACUAUAUUUGCAGAAGUAUGUGGACACCUGUGCAUUUUGUAAUAUGUAGACAUGAAAUUUUACAUUUCUGGAAUUUGCCAGACACCCUUAUCCAGAGUGACUUGCGUUUUUCUCAUUUUAUACAUCUGAGCAAUUGAGGAUGAAGGGCCUUGUUCGGGGGCCCAGCAGUGGUAGCUUAGUGGAUCUGGGCUUCGAACUCACAACCUUCCAAUCAUUAGUCCAACACCUUCAACACCAAGCUACCAUACCCCUACAUACCACAUGAAAUUAGCAGCACACAAUGGUUUAGAAGGCCUGUAGGAUUAAGAGGCCCUUCACUGGAAGUAAGGGGAACAAGCAUGUUCUAAGCAUGACAGUGCCACUGUGUAUGAUAGGUUUGUGAAAUAUUUUGCAGGAAAUUCAGUUGCACUAAACAUCUUUGGGAUGAACUGGACUAUUGACCGUUUGCCAGGCCUUCUCAUCCGACAUCACUUGUGGCUGAACAGGCAAAAAUCCCAACAGCCACCAUCCAAAUCCCAGUGGAAAUCUUUCACAGAAGAGCAAAAGCUAUUAUAAGGGUGUACUUUCUCCCAUGGCUUUGUUCCAUGAGAUGUUCAACAAGAUAUGGUCAGGUGUCCACAUACUCUUGGCAAUAGUGUAUUAAUUAAAUUAAAAUAUAAAUAAAAAUCACAGUUACAGGAGCCCUAAGUGUCUGCUUAUAGAUCUAGAUAACCCUGAGGGGUACUAAUGAGACGGUUGUUCCAUGAGAGCCACAUACUUUUUUUUUUAAUUAAAUACAUGGUGAUUAAUAAAUGAGAGCUAGGCUAGGUUGUAUAGCAACUUCCCAUCACACUGAAUAGUUAAAGUAGCACUACUUUGACAUAACUAGUUGCAGCAGACUGUGAUUUGGUACAAGAUUUUUUACUGUCUUCCAGGUUUUUUUGUUUUUUUAAAUACAGACUGCUGCUAGUAUCUGGUACAGAGAGACAUUUCCUUUCAAGGAUAUCAGGUGUUAGACAGAGAACCCCUGCUUGGUUAGCACUAGCUCACGAACAUCGACUUGCUAGACUUCUUAGUGCUCCGAUUGUUUACUCAUGUCUUAUUCACUUUUUCAAAAUCCAAAAUGAAUGAAUACAACUAUAGCAAGAGGUGGAAAGAGAGAAGUAGAUCGCACUAACAGUACAGUGAAGUGUAGAAAGGAUGGCUCGCUUUAGCUUUCGGACACAUGAAAGGACAGCGGAGACGAGGAUGCGAGACGGCACGGGAAAUGGACCGUCUAGCUUUUACAGUAAAAAGGGAAACGCCGGCCAUGUUGAGUGAUAUUGAUCCAAGAGUGUACUCUGGAUCUGCGGGUGCAUUUGAUUUUGAUUUCUGCAAACCACGUAGACACAGCAGAGCCAGGAAAUAACAACACAAAGGCUUUAGAUACAUCUGCUGCCCGUUCUGGUAAUUGGUGCAACGUGGUAUCAACAGAUUUUAGAGCAGCAGUGUAUCUGAGAAAGGUAGAUCUGAAGAGUAAUAGCAUUUUCUAGACAUUAAUUAGUGUAGAGAGGGAUCUUAGCGUGAUGCAGAAAAUACAGAACUCCAGUCAGAAAAACAUGAUAGAGCUUCAUUGUUACAAAGGGAUGGUCAAGCAUUACAUUAUUUAUUAUUUUUAAUGUACUUUAAUACUGUAUAUGGACAUUUUUUCAGGUAUUAACUUGCAAACAUCCGAUGUAGAUAAAGCCUUGCCUGUAAAUUGUACUAUUACAAACUUUUGUGUUAAUAAAUUGUUUUUGCUUUUGCUUAGUA